CAAAAAGAUGGCGACUGUGUUGCACCACGUGGCGUCAUAACAGUUGGCUCAUAUUUGCCACUUCUUACCGUUUCACGAUUCAUCAUGGCACGAGGAGCUUUUGGUAUGGAAGUGUCAGAUACAAGCGACUCAAACUGCGAGAAAAAUCGAAAAUUUGCUAGUUCUGAUACAGUACACAGUGAUUGCAAAAAGUCAAAAAUUUUAAGUCCUGUUGCCUUAGACUGUGAGAUGGUUGGCGUUGGUGGCGAAAAGACGAGUGCUUUAGCUCGGUGUAGCGUUGUUAACUACGACGGUGACGUUCUUUACGACGUUCAUGUCAAACCUGAUAAACCUAUUACAGACUAUAGAACACAGUGGAGCGGAAUACGACCCAAAGACAUGGACAAUGCGAUCUCCUUCCGAUUGGCAAGGAAAAGAGUCAAAAGAUUAAUAAAGAAGCGUAAACUCGUGGGACAUGCGUUACAGUUCGAUCUGAAAGUUCUAAAGCUUAAACAUCCUUCGGAUCUUGUCAGAGACACUUCAAAGCACAUACCGUUACGAGCCUUGGCCAGUUUUCCGCGAAAUUCUACGCCAUCUUUAAAACGACUUACCAGACAGUUGUUGAAGUGGGACAUUCAGGUGAACGAACAUUGUUCCGUGGAAGAUGCUAGAGCUGCUAUGCUGUUGUAUAGGAAGUGUGAGGUUCAGUGGGAAAAGGACAUUAAAGGCAAAGGCGGCCAGUCUUAUUUGGAAGAUGCUUACUGGCCAAACUGGACAGAAGCUGCAAAUUCAUAAAAAUUUCUUGUGAUUUAAAAUAAAAAAUUUCAAAGGUCA